CCUAGGAGGUAUGGGGGCAUGGCGCGUCCGUCAACAUCCACGGACUCCCUUAGGUCAAGGUCCCCAUGACGCGGGGAUUGGAGACGGGAACCAGCCACGGAGCAGGAUCGAGGGGUGACCCAGCAAAUCAGUGAGCUAGGUAGAAGUGUCGCGACAAUGAAGCAACACUUUGAGGAGGAACGGAUGCGUAAGGAAAAUCGUUUAAGGCGGAAGCAGGAAAAGGAGGAGGAGAAACGAAGGGAAGAGGAGAAGCGACGGGAAGAGGAGAUGCAGAUCCGUGAAGAGGAGGAAAGGGCUAUUCAAGAGAAGAAGGCUAGGAAGAAGAAGGAAAGACGAAGGAAGGAAGCGGAAAGCCCCGCGGAAUUGAAGAAGGAUUUGAGUAUGCAAAUGGUGAUGCAGCUUGGUGAGUUGGAGGAUAAGUUUGUGCGGUGCAUGAAGCAAGCGAUGACGGGGCUAGGUAAGCCGGCUAGCGAAAAGAGUAAGGAGGUGAAGCGUGAGCCGGCGUGCAGUGGUAGUGGCAGUGAAAGCGGGGCGAGCAUCACCCAGGACUUGAGUGCCAGAACCGCCGACUUGGUUAUUUCUGAGAAGCGUAAGCAAGGUCCGAACAGAGCGAUUGGGAAUAGUCCUCCGAUGAAAUCAUCGGCAAAACGGACACCAAAAUCAGGACGGAAGCAGGCAGCAUUUGCUGGAAGACUGACGCGAGCACGCGCAAAGAUGGUGACGCCGCUUGCCACUCGGACCGAGACUCCGAACAUGAAGGGAUCGUUGGCGCGCUUCAAGUACCGCAACAUAAUGAUGCAGGAGUUGAAGCUGUUGGACGCCAGCGAACUGCAGCGUAUCUGCCGGGAGGAAGGGGUGUCGUACGAUGGUAAGGUGGAUGCGAUAUUUGAUGUCGCCGACCAUCGCACGUACCUGAAGUUUGAGGUCGAGGAGGCACCGGAGCUGCAACCCGAAACCAUCAACAUUGAAGACUCUGAAGCUGGACGAGGAGGCGACUCUGUGUCGAUGGCAGAGGUCGAAAUCUGGAAACAGAGGUUCGAAGAUUUGGUGGUAACAUAUGUUGACCGCAAUUCUGGUGAAAUUGUUGUGAUGUGUCCUCAAUUGUACUAUUCUGCUAUGCUAAAACUGUUCGUACUGAAUUCGGGAUACAGGGUGGUGAAGGAACCGGUAUCAUGUGUAGUCCGGGAGAUGGUGGAGGAUGUGUCUGCGUAUAAUUUGACGAAGUUUGCUCGGGUGAACGUGAAGGGAAACUUUGGGAAUGCUUACGUUAUCCCAAAGCAUAAGGACUUGAGUCGUUUCCGACCUAUUUGUCCAUCAUUUUCGGACCCUCUAGCUCGCACUGGCAAAUUGGUGUCCAAGGCUUUGAACCAUUUGCUGUAUAAUGUUCCGAGGGGCUGGCACUUUAAUUUACGAUCGGUGUCUGACCUGGUUACUUCAUUAGAGCAGGGGAAUCGGAAGUUGGGACGCCUCGACAGUGAUCAUAAUGUGACUAUGUAUUCCUUUGAUAUUAAGGAAAUGUUUACAAAGUUGCCCCAUGCGGCGAUCAUUGACGCGGUGAAUUGGUUGAUUGAUUGGCACGUGUCCAGGAAUCGGACAAUGAUUCGGGUGAAUACGCGGGGGAGAGGAGCCAACUUCGGUUUGACCACCGGAGCGGACUAUGGGGAUAUGCUAGAACUGCAGGACAUAAAUUCUUUUGUUAGUAUAGAUCUGCGAAACACUUACUUCUUCGCGACCAGUGUUCUAUUGAAGCAGGAGGUGGGCAUCCCCAUGGGGAAAAGCACUAGCCCACCGCUGGCCUGUAUACUUUGUGCCUAUGCGGAGUACCGUUUAAUAGGGAAUCUCGGGCGUCGGGCUAGCCACCUGUUCGCGACACGCUUGAUGGAUGAUGUCCUCCUCGCUCUGGCUUGGAAAAAGGAGGAUGAUCAAGAUAUGCUAUUGCAAGCAUUUCGUAGCUGCUAUCAUGAGGGUCUGGUACUGGAGCAAACCGAUGACGGGAAGGGGACUACCUAAUUUUUGGGAUGCAAAGUCGUAGCUAGACAGAGUUACCCUAUGUUGAGCUGCGUACGCCGUACAAAUGUCCUGGAAUGAGGAUUGCAUUUGGACUAAUGAUCCGCUAGUCCAUAAGAAUGGUGAUUGUAGGACUACCGAUGCAUGAGUGGGCAUCAGGUGGCUACGAUGUACGAGCAGCAGCGUCACAAUGUCUAACAAACCCAAUCGUUCGUU